UUCAGACACAAACUGCAAAGAUAAUUUCCUUUUUGUGUAAAGAACUUGCCUUAACUCCAAAGUCCAAACCGAUUAAAACCCUCAUAGAGAGAGAGAGAGCAAACACGAAAAUCUCAAAUUAAAUCUCAAAAUCUCUCGAAUUUUGUUCAAAGCUCGAUUUUUUUUGUUAAUUGCUUCCAUGGGUGAGAAGGAUUCAGAGACAGCUCCGAUUUGGGGAAAAACCCAACAGAGAGAGAGCAAUACCCACCCAAUGGAUUUAGAAUCGCCUUCUCUAUCUGGGCAGCAGAAUCGAUCGCAGAAUCAGAGUCGAGGCUCUUAUGAAGAACGAGGAAGAGGAGUUAAGGAGUUUCGGAGCUGGUACUCUUGGCUCAUACCCUGUUUCGUGAUCGCCAACGUUGUCGUGUUCGUGAUCACCAUGUAUGUCAACAACUGUCCGAAGAAAUCUGGAGACUGCUUCGCGGGUUUCCUGGGUCGGUUCUCGUUUCAGAGCACAAGGGAGAAUCCUCUUCUGGGUCCUUCCUCUCUCACAUUACAAACAAUGGGUGGAUUAGAUGUAAAAAAAGUGGUUAAAGGAGAUGAAGGAUGGCGUCUACUUUCUUGCAACUGGUUACACGGAGGAGUUGUUCAUCUACUCGUGAACAUGUUGACUCUCUUGUUCAUCGGUAUACGUAUGGAACGUGAAUUCGGAUUCAUAAGGAUUGGUUUGCUCUAUUUGAUAUCGGGCUUUGGAGGAAGUAUAUUGUCAGCUCUAUUCCUCCGCUCAAACAUCUCCGUUGGAGCAUCUGGUGCCGUGUUUGGUCUACUAGGAGGAAUGCUCUCUGAGAUAUUUAUCAACUGGACAAUCUAUUCUAACAAGGUUGUGACGAUCAUAACUCUUGUAUUGAUUGUGGCGGUAAACUUGGGACUCGGUGUGCUCCCUGGAGUAGAUAACUUUGCUCAUAUCGGAGGGUUUGCGACUGGGUUUCUACUUGGGUUUGUGCUCUUGAUCCGUCCCCAUUACGGAUGGAUCAACCAAAGAACCGCUCCUGGAAGUAAACCGCACAAGUACAAGAUGUAUCAGGCGGUGUUAUGGACCGUCUCUCUUCUCAUCUUGCUAGCUUGGUUCAUCUCCGGUUUGAUAUCUCUCUUCAACAAUGUCGACGGAAACAAACAUUGCUCAUGGUGUCAUUAUCUUUCAUGUGUUCCAACUUCUAAAUGGAGCUGUAACCGAGAACCAGCCACUUGCACGACGUCUCAAUUAGGCAACCAGUUGAGCAUAACUUGUAUGAGGAACGGGAAGUCGGCAUCAUACAUUUUGCCAAAUCCCUCGAAUUCACGGAUCAAUAGCUUAUGUGUUCAGCUUUGCCGUUGAUUUACUGGUUAUAGAGAGAACACACAUACCUGAUACACACACACACACCAUUGUAUCUUCUCCGUCUCAGAUUCUUUCUUGCUUAUUAUGUGUAUAUAUAGAGAACACACAUAUACACCAAUGCUGUUCUGUAUUAUAUUUGGGUUUUGAGACACCUGGUAAAUUUUAACAUAGUCGUGCUUAAAUUCUAAUUUAGACGAGAAAAUUCAUGAUACGAAUUGGUUUUUGUUUUAGAAAAUAUAAACUCAGUGCCAUGACCAAC